UUCACUGAGAGCAGCAUGUGUGAUGAUCAGAGCAGAGAGCAGGAAGACGGCAGUGAGACGGUCUACCUGGACAUGGAUCACUUGUUGGUGCUGCUGCUGCUGUGGAGCUCAGGACUUCAGGCUGAAGGACAAAACACCUCAACAGAGCCUGUCAGGUUGGUGGGAGGAGCCAGUCGCUGUGCAGGAAAACUGGAGCUGAAAUAUCAGGGAGACUGGAGACCAUUGAGAUACUCUGACUCUGUCUGGACCCUGAAGGAAGCGGCUGUUGUCUGUAGAGAGCUGAAAUGUGGAUCUGCUGUUUCUAUAGGAGAGGGAAAGGAGUCCUCAGACAGACCUGUGUGGUCGAUCAGGUCUGACUGUGUUCAGUCUGGAUCUGCUCUGAGGGAUUGUGUGAUAUCAUUUUCCUCUUCCUCCAUCCUGGAUCUCACCUGCUCAGACUCUGUCAGGCUGCUGGACGGGACUAGUCUGUGCUCAGGCAGACUGGAGGUGAAGUCUAACCAGUCUAACCAGUCUAACCAGAGGUGGUCCUCAGUGUGUGAAGCUGACUUUAACCAGCAGGAUGCAGAGGUGGUCUGUAGGGAGCUCGGCUGUGGGGCUCCUUCAGGCCUCCAGGGGGCGCUCUAUGGAGAAGUGGAGGCUCCGAUGUGGACCAAAGAGUUCCAGUGUGGAGGCCAUGAGUCUGCUCUCCUGGACUGUAGAAGCUCAGGCUCAGCUAGAAACACCUGCUCACCUGGAAAAGCUGUUGGACUCACCUGCUCAGAGCCUGAUGUCAGGUUGGUGGGAGGAGCCAGUUGCUGUGCAGGAACACUGGAGGUGAAACAUCAGGGAGACUGGAGACCAGUUGGUUACUCAAGCUGGACCCUGAAGGCAGCAGCUGUUGUCUGUAGAAAGCUGGACUGUGGCUCUGCUGUUUCUGUAGAACACAGACAGGAGUCCUCAGUCAGACCUGUGUGGUGGAUCAGGUCUCAUUGUGUUCAGUCUGGAUCUGCUCUAAGGGAGUGUGUAACAUCAGGUUCCUCUUUCUCCAUCCUGGAUCUCACCUGCUCAGACUCUGUCAGGCUGCUGGACGGGACUAGUCUGUGCUCAGGCAGACUGGAGGUGAAGUCUAACCAGUCUAACCAGUCUAACCAGAGGUGGUCCUCAGUGUGUGAAGCUGACUUUGACCAGCAGGAUGCAGAGGUGGUCUGUAGGGAGCUCGGCUGUGGGGCUCCUUCAGGCCUCCAGGGGGCGCUCUAUGGAGAAGUGGAGGCUCCGAUGUGGACCAAAGAGUUCCAGUGUGGAGGCCAUGAGUCUGCUCUCCUGGACUGUAGAAGCUCAGGCUCAGCUAGAAACACCUGCUCACCUGGAAAAGCUGUUGGACUCACCUGCUCAGAGCCUGUCAGGUUGGUGGGAGGAGCCAGUCGCUGUGCAGGAACACUGGAGCUGAAACAUCAGGGAGUCUGGAGACCAGUGGGUUACUCUGGCUGGACCCUGAAGACAGCAGCUGUUGCCUGUAGAGAGCUGGACUGUGGCUCUGCUGUUUCUGUAGGACAGAAAGAGGAGUCCUCAGACAGGCCUGUGUGGAGGAUCAGGUCUGACUGCGUUCUGUCUGGAUCUGCUCUGAGGGAGUGUGUAGAAUCAGGUUCCUCUUCCUCCAUCCUGAAUUUCACCUGCUCAGACUCUGUCAGGCUGCUGGACGGGACUAGUCUGUGCUCAGGCAGACUGGAGGUAAAGUCUAACCAGUCUAAUCAGUCUAACCAGCGGUGGUCCUCAGUGUGUGAAGCUGACUUUGACCAGCAGGAUGCAGAGGUGGUCUGUAGGGAGCUCGGCUGUGGGGCUCCUUCAGGUCUCCAGGGGGUGCUCUAUGGAGAAGUGGAGGCUCCGAUGUGGACCAAAGAGUUCCAGUGUGGAGGCCAUGAGUCUGCUCUCCUGGACUGUAGAAGCUCAGGCUCAGCUAGAAACACCUGCUCACCUGGAAAAGCUGUUGGACUCACCUGCUCAGAGCCUGAUGAUGUCAGGUUGGUGGGAGGAGCCAGUCGCUGUGCAGGAACACUGGAGCUGAAACAUCAGGGAGACUGGAGACCAGUGGGUUACUCAAGCUGGACCCUGAAGGCAGCAGCUGUUGUCUGUAGAAAGCUGGACUGUGGCUCUGCUGUUUCUGUAGGAGAGAGAAAGGAGUCCUCAGUCAGACCUGUGUGGCGGAUCUGGUCUCAUUGUGUUCAGUCUGGAUCUGCUCUGAGGGAGUGUGUAACAUCAGGUUCCUCUUCCUCCACCCUGAAUCUCACCUGCUCAGACUCUGUCAGGCUGCUGGACGGGACUAGUCUGUGCUCAGGCAGACUGGAGGUGAAGUCUAACCAGUCUAACCAGUCUAACCAGUGGUGGUCCUCAGUGUGUGAAGCUGACUUUGACCAGCAGGAUGCAGAGGUGGUCUGUAGGGAGCUCGGCUGUGGGGCUCCUUCAGUCCUCCAGGGGGCGCUCUAUGGAGAAGUGGAGGCUCCGAUGUGGACCAAAGAGUUCCAGUGUGGAGGCCAUGAGUCUGCUCUCCUGGACUGUAGAAAAUCAGGCUCAGCUAGAAACACCUGCUCACCUGGAAAAGCUGUUGGACUCACCUGCUCAGAGCCUGUCAGGUUGGUGGGAGGAGCCAGUCGCUGUGCAGGAACACUGGAGGUGAAACAUCAGGGAGACUGGAGACUAGUGAGAUACUUUCUCCUGACCUUGAAGGAAGCAGCUGUUGUCUGUAGAGAUCUGGACUGUGGCACUGCUGUUUCUGUAGGAGAGAAAAAGGAGUCCUCAGUCAGACAGGUGUGCUCUGACUGUGUUCAGUCUGGAUCUGCUCUGAGGGAGUGUGCAACAUCAGCUUCCUCUUCCUCCAUCCUUGAUCUCACCUGCUCAGAUCCAACAGAUCCUCUCAUCAAAGAGGCCGUCCUGCCGCUGACUCUGCUGUUGGUGUUGCUGUUGGUGACUGCUGCCCUUUGUUUCUACUGUAAGGUCUGCAGGGGGCAGAAGCCGGGCAGGCAGGAGGACAUUCAGCUGGAUUAUUAUAACAAGGGUGUUUCUGCAGCUGAAGGAGGGUCGACUGAAGAGGAAGGAGCUCAGGGAGCAGAGUAGGACCUCCAAGGAGCUCAUCUCAGCUGCCACACAACCCACCAUCAGCUCAGUCCAGGAUUUUACACUUUUAUACUGAUGUUCCCUUUAAACAAUAUGGCUGGAAUUAUUAGAUUACGUUAGAAUCUCUAUUUUUAUUACUCUCACCAUGAAAAGAGAAAAAACGUGUGUCAGUCUUUUCAAACUUCCUGUCUGUGGCUCUCAGCUCCAGGUUUCUACCCUUAUGUCUUGUUAGUUCGGCACCUGUAUGCAUUUGGUCUCAUACUACUUUAAUAAAACCUAUCACUGAAGUGUCAGCAUAAGUGCCUGCUCCUCAAGAGAAGUCCUACUCGGGUAAAGAGUGUACCUGUGCGAGUCCACCUACAUCUAAGGGGUGGUGAUGGAUAAGAUGCCUGCCUUUGGUGUGCAACUCCCCACUGUGACCCAUCUACCAAUGUGUCCCUGAGCAAGACACUUUACCCCUAGUUGCUCCAGAGUUGUGCGACCUCUGACAUGUAUCAGCUAAAAGCAUCAGCUAAAUGAAUAAAUGUAUAUGUAAUGUACAAGAGUAGCACACCUACUCACUUAAAGAGCAUGGCUAUCCGUUACUUGUCCUCGAUGACAUGAACAUUCACCUAGACAAAUCAAACUCAGCAGUCUCUGAUUCAGUCCUUUGAACUAACACAGGUUUUCAGCCUCUCAACACAAAGCUGGCAAGGUUCUUGAGCUCGUUCUUGUCGGAAACUAUGCCACCGAAUGCCUAAGAGUCACACCUCUACACAUGUCUGACCACUAUUUCAUUCAGUUCACUGUUCCAGCACCGUAUGUCUGAGACCAAGGCAACCUCCGUCUCCCGCUCACUUUGCCUCAGUGGUAGCUUAUGCUCUGCCUCCCCUCAACACAUUUUCCUCACUCGAGGUCAAUGAUGCUGCACAAUCUCUGUGCUCUAAACUGAGCUCAUGCCUGAAUAGUCUGUGUCCUCUAUCCACCAAGCCUGCUCGCCCGAACCAGUCCCACCCGUGGCUAACUGAUACCAACCGUAGGCUGCGCGCUGAUCUCAGCCGCUGAAAGAAAAUGGCGAGAAACCAGAGACCCUGCCGACCUUAAAGCCUACCAAAUGCUCCUAUCCUCAUUCUUAACAAGCAUCAGUUCUGCCAAAACUGCGUUCUUUAAUGACAGAAUUAGCAGUGCCACUUUUGCCAAUUUUGCUUAAUUUUGCUUAAUUUUGCUUAAUUUUGUAACGCAGGACUGAUGCUUUACUUCACUUUUUAGCUUUUAGAUUAUUUCAUAAUCAUGUUGAAUCAUUUAAUAAUUAAUAAAGUUGCUUAUUUCAUAAUU